GUGACAGCAACGCGGAGCUCCACUCCGCGCCAGGCUCGGCGCGCAGGCGCGAGCUGCCCUCCUCUCCCGGAGUCGGCUUGGGAAGUGCGCACGCGCGAGAGUUUCUGGCAGAAAGCAGGCGAGCGGCGGCCAGCGCGCAGCCUUGUGGGAGGGCUUGAGGAAGUAAAAUGGCGGACCUGGCGAACGAAGGUAGGGGAGGCGCCGUCGAGGUCCAGCUGGCGGCCGGCGAACGGGCGGGGGAAGGUCCAAAGUCCACAGGCCCGAGGGAAAAACCUGCCAUUGCUCCGCCCGUCUUUGUGUUUCAGAAGGAUAAAGGACAAAAGUCCUCUGCAGAGCAAAAAGACUUGUCGGAUUCGGGAGAGGAGCCUCAGGGGGAGGCUGAGGCUCCCCACCAUGGCCCAGGUCACCCUGAGUCAGCUGGUGAGCAUGCUCUAGAGUCUCCUGCCCCUGCUAGCGCUUCAGCCAGCGCUCCUGAAGCCCAGCUUCCUCCUUUUCCACGAGAACUGGCAGGGUUGCAGGCACCAAACCAUAGGCACAAGAAGAAGUCAUGUUCAGCCAAGAGGUCAGCUGGAGGCUCCAGCCCUGAAGGUGGUGAAGAUUCUGACAGAGAAGAUGGAAAUUACUGCCCUCCUGUCAAGCGAGAAAGGACGUCCUCUUUAACCCAAUUCCCACCUUCACAGUCAGUAUCAAAAAACAAUGUUUUUAUGCCAUCAACCUUCUGCGAGCCAUCUGCAGGCAAUUCUGACUCAGAACCAGAGGAAAAGAGCAGUGGGUUCCGGUUGAAGCCACCAACGCUGAUCCAUGGCCAGGCACCCAGUGCAGGUCUGCCAAGCCAGAAGCCCAAGGAGCAGCAGCGGAGUGUGCUUCGCCCUGCAGUGUUACAAGCCCCACAGCCAAAGGCACUCUCACAGGCCGUUCCAAGCAGCAGCACCAAUGGGCUCAGUAUCCCAGCAGACUGCACAGGAACAGCGACAUCGACAUCACUCGACAACCCCACACAGAGAAGUCCACCUGACGAGGCACCAGCACCUGAGGAGAAAGAGCCCCAGAAAAAUGAGUCUAGCAGUACUUCUGAGGAGGACAGCUGUGAGAAAAAAGAGCAAGCUGCACAACAAGCGUUUGUAUUUGGGCAGAACUUGAGGGACAGAGUUAAGUUAAUAAAUGAAAACACUGAAGCAGCUGACAUGGAAAAUGCCGGACACCCCAGUUCAGAAACGCCAACCGCAACCAACUAUUUUCUUCAAUAUAUCAGCUCCAGUUUAGAGAACUCGACCAAUAGUGCCGACGCCACCAGCAACAAAUUUGUAUUUGGCCAGAACAUGAGCGAGCGCGUACUGAGCCCACCCAAAUUAAAUGAGGUCACUUCAGAUGCCAACAGGGAGAACUCAGCUGUCGAGUCUGGGUCUGAGUCUUCAUCCCAGGAGGCCACCCCUGAGAAAGCUAAUAACAUUGCAGAGUCGCUGGCCGAAUCGGCAGCCGCCUACACUAAGGCAACAGCGAGGAAAUGUUUGUUGGAAAAAGUGGAAGUCAUCACCGGGGAGGAAGCAGAGAGCAACGUGUUACAGAUCCAGUGUAAGCUGUUUGUCUUUGACAAGACCUCGCAGUCUUGGGUGGAGAGAGGCCGGGGACUGCUGAGACUCAACGACAUGGCUUCGGCUGACGAUGGGACAUUACAGUCCCGACUAGUGAUGCGGACCCAGGGUAGCUUGCGACUGAUCCUCAACACCAAGCUGUGGGCCCAAAUGCAGAUUGACAAGGCCAGUGAGAAGAGCAUUCGCAUCACAGCCAUGGAUACCGAGGACCAGGGCGUGAAGGUCUUCCUGAUCUCGGCCAGCUCCAAGGACACGGGCCAGCUAUAUGCCGCUCUGCACCACCGCAUCCUGGCCCUGCGCAGCCGCGUGGAGCAGGAACAGGAGACCAGAACACCUGCACCCGAGCCUGGGGUGGCCCCAUCCAAUGAGGAUGACAGUGACGAUGACGACGUCCUAGCUCCGUCAGGGGCCACAGGAGGCGGCGCUGACAACGAAGGGGACGGGCAGACAGCUGGGAGCACAUAGCGCCGGGAGUUGGCCACCCGGGAGCCUGCUGCUUUGUCCGUCUGUCCACCCACCCGCCCGCCCCUCUCCGGCUUUGUCGAGGUGCGGGGCCCCGGGAACCACACUCCCCGCCGGGUUGGCCACAGUCCGGAUCCGCAAGGCCCGUUCAGAAGCAGACUUGGGAACUGCUUGAAUGUGGUUUGGGACACGAGACCUCAUCAUAUUGAUGAGCAAAACAAAAAGAACAUUUCUUCCCUCCCUCCUUUGAAUUGAAAUGGCACAUUAAGACUUGUCACGGCUUCUCA